AGUCUCUCUGUUAUCAAAGUUACAGUCUGCAUUCACAUUGAGAUCUGCAAUCACACAUUAUAAACCGCGACGAUGAUGACUGCUCGAAACGCGGAUGUAUGUAAAGUGAAUAGAUCUGGAUUGAACCGCAUCGACAGCAGCUAGUUUAUGUGAUAAAGAAAAGCAUUCGGAGAGCAUUCUAGAUAAAAAUGUUGACUGGACUGGCCGGUGGACGGCUGUGUGUGGAACAAGAAAGUCAUCGAUCGUGCACUCACUUUCGAAUUCCGCGGUCUCGCUGUUAUAAGACUCCAGCUUGCUCGCCGUCGAAGCGACUCACCUCGCUAUUACGCCUGUUUGCCAGUGAUUUCAAAGAGGUUUUCGUAAAAAAAAAAAUUAUUGUGAAUUCGGUACACAAGAAAGAAGAGGGAGAAAGAGAGGUAGAUACAAAGGAGUAACACGAUCUCACGAGGAACACGACGCACCUCGACUCUGCUAGUGUUGUGUGGUUAUGUGCAUACAUGCACCAGAAUGGCUGGAAACUGGUCGAGUUUAAACCGACGUGGUCUUCAAUUGGUCGAGAAUCUACUACGCGUCCGGAAACGACGUAUGAAGAAUAUAAUCGAUGAAGGACACGUUCUGAACUACGACCCUUUACACGGCAGAAACAUACAUCACUCGACCACGUGCUACGCACCGAAGCAUAGUAUGGCUGGAAUACUCCAUAAAAAUGUUUGGGAUGCCGAUCCCGAGCUUUUUGAAUUGAUGAAGAAAGAGAAGAACCGCCAAGAAUCCGGACUUGAGAUGAUUGCCAGUGAAAACUUUACAUCUCUCAGUGUGUUACAGUGCCUGAGUUCGUGUCUGCAUAACAAGUACAGCGAGGGAAUGCCCGGUCAAAGGUACUACGGUGGAAACGAAUAUAUCGAUGAAAUCGAAUUACUGGCGCAAAAACGCGCUCUGGACGCCUUCAAUCUAGAUCCGGCAAAAUGGGGCUGUAAUGUGCAGCCUUAUUCGGGAAGUCCGGCGAACUUCGCGGUGUACACGGGUCUGUUGGAGCCUCACGGGCGCAUAAUGGGUCUCGAUUUGCCCGACGGCGGCCACCUCACUCACGGCUUCUUCACGGCGAACAAGAAGAUCUCCGCCACGUCCAUCUUUUUCGAAUCGAUGCCGUACAAAGUUAAUCCUGAGACCGGUUUCAUCGACUACGACGAGCUCGCGAAGAAUGCGAAAUUGUUCAAGCCGAAAAUCAUCAUUGCCGGAGUGUCCUGCUACAGCAGAUGUCUCAACUACAAGCGUUUCCGCGAGAUUGCCGAUGAGAAUGGCGCCUAUCUCUUCAGCGACAUGGCUCACGUCUCUGGACUGGUCGCCGCCGGAUUGAUACCCAGCCCCUUCGAGUUUAGCGACGUUGUUUCGACAACUACGCAUAAGACUCUACGAGGUCCACGUGCUGGCGUUAUCUUUUUCCGAAAAGGAGUCCGAAGCAUUGCGAAGGAUGGCACGAAGAUCAUGUACGAUUUAGAAAGUAGGAUCAAUCAGGCAGUCUUUCCGGGUCUUCAAGGUGGGCCUCACAAUCACGCGAUCGCCGCUAUAGCCACUACUAUGAAACAAGCGACAACGCCGGAGUUCGUCGCUUACCAAAAGCAGAUAGUGGCUAACGCGAAGAAAUUGUGCGCCGGUUUGCAGGAGCGUGGUUACAAAAUCAGUACCGAUGGCACGGACGUUCAUAUGUUGUUGGUGGAUCUACGCUCCUUCGGUAUCACCGGUUCGAAGGCGGAGAAGAUUUUGGAGGAUAUUUCCAUUGCCUGCAACAAGAACACUGUUCCCGGUGACAAAAGUGCAUUGAAUCCUAGUGGUAUCAGAUUAGGAACGCCGGCACUUACCACUCGUGGCUUAGUCGAGAAAGACAUCGACAAAGUCGUGGACUUUAUAGAUAAAGGACUGCAACUUUCGAAGAAAGUGAGUGCUAUUUCCGGACCGAAGUUGGUGGACUUCAAGAGAGUAUUAAAUACGGACGAGAAUAUUAAAGCACAAGUUGCGAGUCUGAGAGAGGAAGUCGAAACCUUUUCGAAGCAAUUUCAAAUUCCUGGUCACGAAAUAUAUUAAUAUUUUGUAAUAUAUUCAAUUAAUGUAAAUUUCGAAAUGUUUCGCAAUACUUUUAUAUCAUUAAUCAUAUAUUUGAAAUUAUUCUGAUGCUCUAUGAUUUUGUACAAAAUGAUAUCAUAAUUUACGAAAUAACAAAAAAUAUGACUUUUAAUAUAUUCGAACAUAUACUUAUAUUUUGCUAUACAAAUUGUAUGUUCGCGAAAACAAAGAACAUCUUUUAUAUGAAUAAAAGUACAUAUAUUUCCGUUUAUUUUUAAUUACUUAACGUUUCCCUGUAAUAGAAAUUGCAUGAUAAAUUUUUCUCUAGAUUUUAUUCCUAUACAAUAUAAAUAUGUGGCUGAUCUACACAAAUCUAUCGAGAAUUUAACAUUAAUAGUUUUGUUUAUAAAUAUGUAUGUAUGCAUGUGUGUAUAGCUCUCUUAUUAAAUUAUUAUAUUUUUUU